ACUCAGCACGAGAAGACUCCAUGGCUUUCUCUCACUAUACUCUCACUACACACUCACUGACUUUGUUUCCCGCUUAUUAUUGAAUUUCAUUUACAUCUAUCUUGAUACCAUUUCUUGUUUUUUCCGCACUUGAGAGAGGGAAAAUAAAGUUUAUGUUUGUGAGAGUAUUAUCCAGAUAACAGGUCCAUGAGCAGCUGAUAAACGGCUGCAUACAUAUAUGGAGACAAAAGAGAGAUGAAGGGGCUGUUGACAGUUCAGUGAAGGGAAAUAGAGUGGAGGAGAAGGCGAGUUGUGUCGAGAGUGCAAAGGGGAGAUCGGUAUUGGUGAUGGACACUCCAGAGAGGAGUAAGAAUAGCCAAAUCACAGCAUCCAUUGACAAAUUCGAGGACUCUCCCGUCUUUAAUUUUCUCAAUAAUCUUUCCCCAAUCAAGCCAGUUAAGUCCAUACACAUCACUCACACGAUCAAUGCUCUUAGUUUUGCAUCCCUUCCAUCUGUUUUCAGUUCCCCCCACCUUAGUUCACUAAAGGAAUCGAGAUUUCUCAGGAGGCAUCAGCUCCCAGAUCCAUCAAAACCUGAGUUUGCUUCUGACGAUGCUAGUAUAGUCGAUACAAGUAAGGAGACUAUCGGUGCCAGUUAUGAAUUAGUUGAGCAUCGGACAAAUUUUGAUCAACCGAAUUCUAUUGGUCAAGUAGCUGAUGAGCCAUCUUUCGAAUGUUCGAAGCUUGAUGUCGAGUUUGAACAGAACUUCAAUUAUGAUUGCUGUAGUCCUGGCUCCAGCUUAAAACCUAGCUGCGGCCUUAAAACCAAACACAUGGCUGAAUAUGCUUGCACUUCGUCUGCACUUAUUCCGUUUGCACAAGAAUCAUCCCAGAGGGGGUUAUUUGGAAGUGAAGUAGAUCUUGAUAGGGUAAGCCAAAUUGAUCAAAAUAAAGAAGCCACAGGAUGUGAUUGGAAGAGUUUGAUUUCUGAUGAUCCAGAUCAAUUAAUUUUUGAAUCACCAAAUGAUACAGAGUCUUUCAAGAAAUCAGUUGGCCCUGGAAAAGGUUUAUACCCGAGUAUUAGCAAUGACAUGCAGAAUACGUAUUCUUUCUGUGGAGCUGGUUCUGGCGAAAAAGCUGAAGAGGAAGACGAAACAGAAAAUCUAUGUACUCAACCUGGUGAAGGGAAUGAGCUGAAGGAAAUUGCUGAAACCCAUGAUAUAAUUUCUGGUUCUUCUUUGAGAAUUCCUAUUGAGGAAGUGGAUAAUGAGCCUGUUUCUGGUUUGUACCGUGGCAUGAGAAGACGUUGUCUGGUAUUUGAGAUGGUGGGAUCUCGCCAAAAACGUUUUGAAGAGAAUUCAGUUUCUGAUUAUUCUGCAUUUCUGCAAUCCGAUGGCAAUACGCCUAACAGCAACGAUCAGUUACUCCCUACAAAGACUGGAAAUGAUUCUUCAAAAUGCGUUUUACCUGGCAUUGGUUUGCAUCUAAAUGCUCUAGCAACAACUCCAAAGGACUACAAAUUUGUCAAGCAUGAAGCUUUAGGUUCUGGAAGACUAUUGAUCGGUCCCAGCCCAAAUGCCAAUUUUCAACCUCUGAGCACUGGUCAAGAGUUGUUAAAUAAUACUUUGGUUGUUAACUCAGAAAGAGAAAUUUGUGCCGUUGAAAAUGGUGUUCUUGCGGAAGAUGCUUGCCAGGCAUCUGGAUAUAUGAUCAAUGAAGAGUUCAAUCAGAGUAGUCCAAAGAAGAAGAGACGUAGGUUGGAUCAAGCAGGAGAUGGUGAAGCCUGUAAGCGAUGUAACUGCAAGAAAUCAAAAUGCUUGAAACUUUACUGUGAAUGUUUUGCUGCUGGUGUCUACUGUGUGGAGCCAUGUGCGUGUAUAGAUUGCUUCAACAAGCCUGUCCAUGAGGACACUGUCCUUGCAACUCGUAAACAGAUUGAAUCCAGAAAUCCUCUUGCUUUUGCUCCCAAAGUGAUUAGGAGCUCGGAUUAUCUAUCUGAAGCCAGGGAUGAGUCCAGCAAAACUCCUGCUUCAGCUCGACAUAAGAGAGGAUGCAAUUGCAAAAAAUCUGGUUGCCUGAAGAAAUAUUGUGAAUGCUAUCAGGGUGGUGUUGGAUGCUCCAUUAACUGCAGAUGUGAAGGGUGUAAGAAUGCAUUUGGUCGAAAGGACGGCACAGAAGCUGAAUUUGAAGAAGAUGAAACAUACACAACCGAGAAGGGAAUAGAGAAAUCCGCAAUCCAGAAUGAUCUGGAGCAGAAUCUUGAUUCUGUUCCUCCUGCAACACCUUUAUCUCUAGGAAGACAAACCAUCCAGCAUCCAUUCUCCUCGAAGAACAAACUGCCUAGACCUUCUUUUCCUUCUAUUAGCUCCUCUUCUGGUUUGUACGCCAGUCAUGGGUUUGGGAAACCAGGCCUUUUCCAAUCUUCAACGAGGUUUGAUAAGCAUCUUGAAACUGUUCUUGAAGAUGAAAUGCCCGAUUUUCUCCAAGCUUCGUCACCUAACAGUUGCAUCAAGACAUCGUCUCCCAACAGUAAGAGGGUCUCGCCUCCUCACAGCGUAGGGACGUCUCCCAGUAUGAGAAGCAGCCGUAAGUUAAUACUUCAAUCUAUUCCGUCUUUUCCUUCCCUCACCCCCAAUCAUUGACAGUCUUCUCCCCAGUGAAUCUUGAAGGAAGUUCUUUCAAUGUUUAAAGUAGUUAUACUGAUUAUGUUCUUUUAUUUUUAUAUUUGUCGAUAUUACUCUUCGACCUUGUAUCGUCGUCCAUGUUUUUGUAAUAAAUAACUAUGUUUAUUAGCUAUCGAAAACACCAUGUUACAUAAAAGCCAAUCUAUGAUUGACUAUAUACAAUGUCCAAGUUUUCUUCAUAAUAUAUACAUUUAAAAACUGAUAUGAG